UGGCAGAGCUCUCGCGCCCGGAAAAGUAGGGUUUCAAUCGCUGCUCAUAUGGGCGAGCUGACUCCUGAGCCUGGCUGAUGCGCCCUGGCAUUGGCAUUGGCAUGCCGCAUUGGCAAGGGGCCAACUUUCAAGAGGCUAGAGCGGUCUGGACUCGGUCUCAUCAAUGAUAGACUCACUUGCCGCCCCAUCAUGGUUUGGCGGGCUUGACCCUUCCAUUUGGAGCAGCACAAGCCUGAAGGCUGAAGCUGACAUGAAGUCUGUGCUUCUCCUCUCCUUGUAGAUAGCUGAAUGCUGGCUUUAAGCUCAAUGGUGAAUCGACCAUGCAUUAGGUUUCAAUCUGCGGGAGUGACUUUGUCGGGUAAAUCAGGAGGCAGCCGUUGUUAAAGGGCGGCUCAUUGUUGUUCAUUGUGCAAUGGAUUCGUUGGGCGAGGCCGAAGUGCCUUCAUUUCAUGCCAGGAGGGUCCGCAGCAUGAGAGACAUCACUCUGGGAGUCAAGCAGCUCCGUUUUGGUAAAUGCGAAGUUGAAGCUGAUGCGCAAGGCAGUGACAAGGAUCCAGCUGUCAAGGUGAGCACCAUCACCCUCAAAGGGGGUCUGGCAAGCCCAAUGCUGCCUCCCCCCCGGGCGUCACCAGCGGGCAAGUUAUUCAAGAACAACAGGCGAAAGGAGCUGUCGCACAUCUUGCUGAGAGGCCUGUGGCGCUGGAAAGGAGAUGGCAACCAGGCAAAGAAACGGCGAAGGAAGAAUUAUGCUGGUCAGAGCGGCUCUGAGACUGGCGUCAGCAGCGAGAACCGGGCUCAUCUGCAGCACACUGGGGAGAUGUAUCGCGGGGGCCUCCUCUCUGAGGGUGGCCAGGGGGUGGGAGUGGGGGGGGACGCCACUGGCAGCGAGAGCUCAGCUGGGGAGGGCUUCUACUACAGCAGUGGGGGCGGGUCGGGGCGCGGCUCAGCCAGGAGCGCAACAGGCAAGCGCGUGGUGCGGCGUGUGCGGCGGCUGCCUCCCCUGAGCCCUGGCGGGCUGGCCCCCCUGGCGGCACGCACCGCCAACCAGGCAGAGCAGCACAAGGAGCGCGCCCCCGCCCAGCAGGGCCCGUCAAAGCUGCGCUCCGGGGAGGGGGGGGUGCCGGAGACCGCGGAAAAGGGCGGGACUGAGCCAGCAGGCAGGUUGGGCAAGAGCAGCAUGGCCCCCAGGGGGGCAGAGCAGAAGGGGGCACCAGGCGACGGAAGCGGGGAGCGGAGCGAGGUGGCGGCUGGGGUAGCGACAGCGGGAGUGGCAAAGAGAAUGGACGGGAGGCACGGCAGCCGGCCCACAAGCGCCACGCUGACGCACAGCCACAGCAACGACUCUGGAUACGGGAGUGAACUGGGGUACGGUGGCGAUGGAGAGACAGGGUACGGCGACGAGAGCUACGGCGACGAGUUCAGCGUGGAGGAGGAGGAGGACUGGGACAAGGAAGGCCCCCCGCCCGCAGAGUACUGGCGGCUGUGGGAGGCGCUCGUGGCGGCGGGGGGACUGCGCGGCAGGCACAGGGCGGGGCGGGGCGGGGAGCCGCUCAAGGAGACGUUUGCGGAGCUGAUGCGGGACGCCAAGGACGGCGGGAGCCACCAGAUGGCGGAGCUGCUCAGCGCGAGCCACGCGCGCGUCAAGCGCUACCAGCAGCGCCUGCGCCGCCGACGGAGGCAGUGGACGCACCCGCUGCCGCCGCACCCGCAGCCGCACCCCGUGAGGCGCGAGACGGAGGAGUCGUCCGGCGACUGCUCCCUGCACUCGCUGCAGACCAGCGUGGACGGCAGCGGCGCGCGGUGCAGCGCAGAGUGGCGCCUGCAGCGCACCAACAGCCUGCGGGAAGCGGACAUGGAUAAAGAGAACACGGGCAGUUGACGGCAGGGCGGGCCCAGGUGACGGGCCAGGUGGUGAAGUCAGUGGUUUACACAGGGGCGCGUGUGGUUGCAUUGCCUGCACAGGGUAGAUUAAGUGUACAGAAACGGCAAUAGGACUGGACAACAGGGGCAUCACUGCGACUACUGGCAUCAGAGCUGGCCGUUUUUUGUCGCUGUAAGGAUGGAGCAACAGCAGUAGGUUCUGGAAGGGAUUCCAAUGAAAGCUGGGCCUUCGAGUGGUAGGUGAAGUUGGAAAGACAGAGUGUCUCUUUGUGGUAGGCUAAGCUGGGUGGUUACUGGGCUAUGGUUGACGGAAUUGCUCAGCGAGUCGGUACUCGUGUACAAUACACGGAUAAGGUAGAGGCACAGCGGUCAGCUAGCACGCACGGGACAUCAACGAGAUCUGGACCGCGUGAUGUAGAUAUGAGAAGGGGGAUGGUUAUUGGUUCGUCACAUCCGGGCAGAUCCUUUCAUUAUUUGAACACUUUGAUGAAUCACGUGCACGAGGCAGGAUGCAUCUUGCAACAUGCACUUGUUGCACUGUCGUAAUUCAUAUCUGCUUGCCA